AUGGACUGUGAUUCUUGGGCUCACUCCUUCUGCCUCGCUUGCGACAAGCAGGUCCAAUCAUCAACUGAUGCCUACUGUUCCGAGUCUUGCAGACUGGCCGACUUCGAGAAGACCUCAACAACAAGCUCUCAAGCCAGCUCGCCCGGUCUCGCUUCUCCUCCUUGCCAAUGGUCAUCGAAAUCCUCCAGCUCGGGCUUCUACCUGUCCCCCGCCUACGAUUUCUCUAACGCAAAGCCAUACGGAUCAAGGCACAUGAGCCAACCUACUUUCAAGCCUUACGGCACUGAGCAGUCAACUAUCCGAUCCCUCACUCCUUCGAGCUCCCACAGCAGCCUUUGCUCCAUGCAAAGUACCUCAACAACAGGAGAGUCAAGCCAACUGUCAGACAAGGCGAGGAAGGAACUCCGAGCAUACGCAGUGUCCUUCGACAAUGUGAGGACCCAGCGAAGGCGUUCAUACUAA